UCCUGCGUGCUCAUUUCGGUCGACAAGUUGUGCAAGAAACGCGGAAAGUCGAAGACUCGCGGAGGCCAUUGUAGGACAGUGAUUCUUCUCCCGACGACCGUCAACUUGAACUCGCCGAAGGAGUUGUUGACUCUUGCUUGACGUUACGGAAACGCAGAGUGAUUCAAGUUGGUGCUGUGCGAGUGGUGCAAGCGCAUACGAUUCUUUUUUUUUCAAGAUCAAGGACGUUUAUGUGGAACUGAUUGAAGGUACUUAUCAUAGUUCUCUAGACGAUUCGACCGAAUCAUAAGGAAGAUAAAACCGCAAUUCUCGCCAUCCAAAAAUGUCACACACAUGGGUUAUAUGUGCAAUUCUAGUCAUAGCAAAUAUCCAAAUCAUCGCAGGAAGGAUAGCCUUCGAAAAACUGACAGAGUUCGACUAUCGGGGGACGACUUAUUACACGGUGAAGAACCUGAGCCUCUACGAGUGCCAAGGAUGGUGCAGAGAAGAGCCUGAUUGCCAAGCGGCCGCCUUCAGUUUCGUUCUAAAUCCUCUGAUACCGGUCCAGGAGACCUUAUGUCAGCUGCAGAACGAGACGCAGGCCAAUAAUCCAACGGCAACGCCCCAGAAAGCCAUCAACAUGUACUACAUGACGAAGUUGCAGCUCAGGAGCGAAAACGUGUGUCUGAGACCUUGGGCCUUCGAGAGGGUACCCAACAAGAUGAUCAGAGGGCUGGACAACGCCCUCAUCUACACCUCCAGCAAGGAGACCUGUCUAGCCGCUUGUUUGAAUGAGCAUCGUUUCACUUGUCGAUCUGUUGAAUACAACUACGUCACCCUACAAUGCCAACUGAGCGAUUCUGACAGAAGGACGACAGGACAAUUUGUGCAAUUUGUAGAUGCCCAAGGCGUGGAUUACUUCGAAAAUCUUUGUCUGAAAGGCAAUCAAGGUUGCAAGGGCAACAGGGUGUUCCAAACGCCUAGGUUUGGAGUGGCUGACGACAAGGUUGCUCAGUACGCCUCUCUUCAUUACUACACCGAUAAGGAGUUGCAGGUAACGAGUGAAGCGGCUUGUCGAUUGGCUUGUGAGAUCGAGAACGAGUUCCUCUGCAGGUCCUUCUUGUACAAGGGACCUCCUCAGGGCACUCAGUAUAACUGUCAGCUGUUCCAUCUGGACCACAAAACCCUGCCUGACGGCCCUAGUACCUACCUGAACGCAGAAAGACCUCUGAUAGACAACGGACAGAGAAUCGGAGAGUACUACGAAAAUAAUUGCGAGAAAGCUGCAGGCGGUCUAUCUGGAGCACCAUCGGACAAUACCUUACCAGUCGUUUUCGACGCAACAGAAGACCCAAAUCUGAAUAACUUAACGAAGAGCGACGUCAACUGUGAUAAAACAGGAACAUGUUACGAUGUAUCUGUCAACUGCAAAGACACCAGGAUCGCGGUACAGGUCAGGACCAACAAACCGUUCAACGGCAGGAUCUACGCCUUGGGCCGAUCGGAAACCUGCAAUGUGGACGUGAUCAACAGCGACCUCUUCAGACUGGAUCUCACGAUGGGCGGGCAAGACUGCAACACCCAGUCCGUGGUUGGCGUUUACAGCAACACAGUGGUACUCCAACAUCACAGCGUCGUUAUGACCAAAGCUGAUAAAAUCUAUAAAGUGAAAUGCACCUACGACAUGUCCUCCAAGAACAUCACUUUCGGAAUGAUGCCAAUCAGGGAUCCAGAAAUGAUCAGCAUCACCAGCGCACCCGAGGCUCCUCCACCAAGGAUCCGCAUCUUGGACAGCCGUUCCAGAGAGGUGGAGACAGUGCGAAUCGGAGACAAACUCACCUUCAGAAUCGAGAUUCCGGAAGAUACACCAUACGGCAUUUUCGCAAGAAGCUGUAUCGCCAUGGCCAAGGACGCCAAGAGCACCUUCCAGAUCAUCGACGAUGAGGGUUGCCCGGUGGAUCCCACCAUUUUCCCUGCUUUCACCCCUGACGGCAACGCUCUGCAGUCUGUCUACGAAGCCUUCAGGUUCACCGAGUCCUACGGGGUGAUCUUCCAGUGCAACGUCAAGUAUUGCCUGGGACCCUGCGAACCGGCCGUUUGUGAAUGGGGACGGGACUCUAUCGAAUCGUGGGGAAGAAAGAAGAGAUCCUUGAACAACGUCACUGAAGAAGAGAAGGAAGAAGACAUGACUCUAAGUCAGGAAAUCCUCGUCCUAGAUUUGGGAGAUCAACAGAAGCAGUCCGAGUUCUUGAAGAGUGAACUGAACAGUGCCGAUUUCGGUAGAGACAAAACAGUGACCAUUGUUGAACCCUGUCCGACCAAGACGUCCGUCCUGGCCUUAGGAGUGACCUGCGCUCUACUGGUCCUCCUCUAUAUCAGCACGCUGUUCGCCUACUACAUGAAGAAGUGGCUCAAUCCCGGCAAGCACAUCCCGUGAACUCCCCAACUAGAGACUUUUCGUGCUCAAUAGCUUGCUCUGUCGAAGACGACAUUUUGACAAUUUUGACAGCUUUGAGUCUGAUGAUGACGGUUUCUUCUCGGUCCGUUUCGCGGUCGUCGACCGGUCGGCGGCGCUGGAAAUGCGUCGUGACGCGCAAUAACAAAUAUAGAAGAAUUUUUAUCUUCCUUCGGGCAGGUGGUGGCUUUCUUCGGUGAUCGGUUCUGCUUCAAACCUCUGUGUCGUAGGUUGUUCUCUUGUCUCUUUCACCGUUUCAAGAAUGUCUUCGGGAUAAUAUAAAUGACGGCUUCAACAAAAUAUAACGUCGUUUCUCCUGUGGACCUAUUUUUGUAAUGGUGAAAACCGCCUCUUAUUUAAUGAACGUCUCUGUUUAUUUAAGUUAUUAUUUAUUUUAUACCAUUGUAUAUACAAAAUCGAUAUAGAUAGUUUAAUGUUUUAUUGUAAUGUGAAGAUGGAUAGAGUAAUAAAAUCCUGCUGAGUA